AUGAAUGUGGCAACGUCUGGUAAUUUGCUCAUGGUAGGUGCAGUGGAAGCCAAGUUGGUCGAGGCAGGUUACUCCAUCAGCUGGCGAGAUUUCCACGCAAAGGCAACUGUUCUAGGCUGUAUUGUCAAGGAUGAAACCUCAAGGUCAAGAACCCGUCAAAUUGAGUGGAAUCGAAGGGAGUUCAUGUGCUCGGAUUCUGCAGUACGUAUCACUGAUCCGGAUGGGACGUCUACUUCGAGAUUUCUGGCAUACAUCCCAAGAGAUCUUUACGAAAAUGACAUAGCAAAAGUUACUGAGAGCUUUGAAGCAUUGGAGGAACCUUGGAAUCUUGCCUUAUUUACAAGUUGUACAAGUGGUUACGAAAAAUGUCAUGACGAGGGACAAAACUCGUUGAAGCAGAAAGUUAUUGCAGAUUGCAGAUCCAUUCAGAACCGAAAAUGUGGUUACGUUUACUAGAGCCCAUCAAGCAUACUUUUUCAACUGUUUCCUUAAGUCAUACUUACACUUUGCUGUUCCA